AUGGCUUUCACUUCUCAAACCUUUGGUGGUAAGAAGUAUGCUUUUUGUAAAAUGAGGAUCCAGAUUUUUCUUGAAUCCGUGGAUAAAGGAGUAUGGGAUGCCACUCUUAACGGUCCAUAUGAGCCCACUCAAAUUAUCCAUGGAAAAGUUAUUUUGAAAAACUUUUCAAAGUGGACUUGGGAUGAGAACCGUAGAGCUAAAUAUGAUGUUAAAGCUAGAAAUGUUAUUGCCUCUGCACUGACCAUGGAUGAAUUUUUCAGGAUUUCCCAAUUCAAGAUUGCCAAAGAAAUGUUGGAAGUUCUUGAGGUGACACAUGAAGGCACAUAUGAGGUAAAGCGUGCCAGGAAAAACUCCCUUGUGCAACAAUAUGAACUAUUCAGGAUGAAGGCUGGUGAGACUAUCUACGAAGUGCAGAAAAGAUUCACUCAUAUAGUAAAUCACUUGAUGGCUCUUAGCAAAGUGUUUGAUAAAGAGGAGAUCAAUAUCAAAAUCCUGAAGAGUCUCAAUAGGAGCUGGCAGCCAAAGGUAACAGCCAUAUCAGAAUCUAGAGAUUUAACUAACAUGAAUAUGGAAACUCUUUGUGGCAAGCUUAGGGAGCAUGAACUAGAACUUGGAAGGCUAAGAAAGGAAGAAGAAAUUGAGGAGAAGAAAUCAAUUACCCUCAAACCCACAAGCAAGAAGUCCUCCAAGAAGGCUGAAUCUGAAAUUGAAUCAGAUGCACAAGUAUCAGAAAAAGAGAUCAUCAACAUGGUGGUAAGAAAAUUUAAUAAGUUCAUGAAAAAUAGAAAUUCAGCUACUGACAAUGCAGGUCCUUCAAGAGGAAGAAAGAGUUCAAGAAACAACACUGUACAGUGCUAUGAAUGUGGAAAAGAAGGUCACAUCAAGCAUGACUGUCCAAACUUGAAGAACAGGCAGAAAGCAAUCACAAAGUACCCUCAGGACAAAAACAGAAAGCAAAGAAAAGCAUAUAUAGCCUGGGAAAACAGUGAUGGUGAUUCUUCAAGCGAUGAUCAUUGCAGUGUGGAAGAGGAAUCAAAUUUAUGUUUCAUGGCAGGGUCUACAAAUUCUAAUGAUGACAACGAUGAUGAUUUUGAAAAUGAGCCUAUCGAGGUGAAGUAUCACAUACUGCUGGAUGCUUUUCAAGAAAUUCAUGUAGAAGCCAUACGACUCCAAUAUAAGGAGAAUCGAUUAUCCUCUUAA